GUUUAUUAGUAUUGGUUUAGUCGCUAAAAAUUAUACUUUUUUUAACAAUAAAAUACGAAAUGUUAUUUCUAAGGGUUAUUUUAAAUGUUUUACUUCUAUGGAUUUAUCCAGCUAAAUCCACAAAUAUUGAUAAGACUGCGUCAAGAGACGCAAGAUUAUUGAACGAUGGCAACACAAUGCCUUUGGUUACCUUCGGGACUUUAGUUCCGGUCGAAGAUUUAGAUAAAUUACCAGAAGCGGUCUGUUCGGCUUUUGAAAGUGGAUACAGGAAUCUAGAUACGUAUUAUAAUGAAUAUUUCGUGGCAGAUUCUAUUAAGAAUGCUAUAAGCUGUGGAAUGGUGACACGGAAGGAAUUAUUUAUAUCUGCUAAGAAGUCACUAGACAUAUGUACACGCAGUGGAGUGGUAUCCGAUCUCAAGAUGACAUUGAAGAUAUUGCAGCUAGACUAUGUCGACUUAUUUCUCAUUAAUACACCUAUUAAUCCGUCGGGAAAAAAGAACUGUAAUGUCAUGGAUAUUUGGAAUGGCAUGGAAGACGCGAAAAAGCAAGGGUUGACAAAGUCCAUCGGCGUUGUCAACUUCAAAAAAGAGGACUUGGAUAAGAUCUUGCCGUAUUGUACAACCAAACCUGCUGUCAAUCAACUUGAGGUGAACCCUACAAAUACAAAUAUAGAGUUAGUGGAAUAUUGCCAGAAACAGGGCAUUAUGGUGAUGGCCUACAGACCUUUCGGCUUCACAGUACCAAGGCCAGGGGUAACAAACCCACCGCCACCUUGUCUGGAUGAUCCAGUGCUGGUGAAGAUAGCUGAAAAAUACAAUGUCACCGCCAGUCAAGUUAUCGUCCGUUAUCCGAUCGAUCGCGGUGUUGUACCAAUGUCCAGGUCUACCAAUAUGACGAAUAUUGAACAGAACGAUGAAAUUAACAGUUUCUGCCUCACUGAUGAAGAUGUGGCGAAAAUCAACGAGUUCAACGUUAACAGGCCAGUCUACCCUGUUAAAAGUUUUACCUUUGGCCCAGAUAGUAAAAAGGGCACCAAAAAGGAGCAAGCAAAACGCCGGUAUGAGAAAUUUUAUCCACUGGCGUAAGUGAAUUCAUUGGUCUAGCGCGUUCCAUAGAAAUAGCUCUUACGGUCUUUCUGUACCGGGGGCAAUAUAUUUAUCAUUAGAUUAACCAGGAGUCCCCAAAUAAAAGAAAACUAUAAAGAGUAGAUUCGAUUACAUUAAUAUAAAAAAAAAUAAGAUCUUUGU